AUGUUGAAAAUAUUGUUAUCAUAUUUAUUUAAAACAUCUUUAUCUGCAUUUCGUGCUGCUAUAUUAGCUAACAAUACAAAUCGUAUUUGUCGUAUUUUGAAUGUGAAUGGAGAUUAUAUUCAUAAAGAAUUGGAUGUGCAAGGAAAUACACCACUAUUAUUGGCAAUGAAGUAUACAUCGUCAUCAACUGUUCGUUUAUUACUUGAGCAAGGUGCAUCUCCUGAUCAACCAAAUUCUCUUACUUUUCAAACACCACUCGGUUUAUUAGCUGCAACAGUCUAUGAAAAUGAUCGAUUACAUGAAGCACGAAUUGCGCUUGAAAUGGCUAAUAUUUUAUUAGACCAUGGAGCUUACGUCGAUCAACCUUCAAUUUAUAAGUAUGCAGAUGAAGAUGGCCAUAGUUAUGUCAUUACAGAAACACCUUUAAUGAUAGCUGUAAGAACAAGCAAUCUACCAAUAGCAACCUUAUUUAUUGAGAGACAAGCAAAUGUAAACUAUGUAGAAAAAUUAUUUGAAAAUCGACCUGUGCAUUUGUCUAUAACAAAUGGUGAUGAAGAAAUGUUUGAUCUAUUGGAAAAUGCUGGUGCACCGUGUCGUUCUGUCGUAAAUAAUGAAAAGAAUACCUUAUUACAUUGCUUUUGCCAUAAUAAAGACAAUGAUGAACGGAUUUCUUUGUUAGAAAAAUUAAUUGAUAAAGGUUGCGAUGUUAAUGCCGAAAAUACUGCUCGACGUACACCAUUAAUGCUAGCUGUAAAAUUAAAUAUGAUUAAUACGUGUCGUGUGCUCAUAAAUGUUCAUGCCAAUAUAGACAAAAUUGAUUAUAAAGGUUUUCAAGCUAUCGAUUUCACUGAACCAGAUAGUGAUUGUUUUAGAUUAUUAAAACAAGGUAAAGAUACUCAAAAAAUGAACUCAAAAGCGUCUCAUAAUAAAGAUCGAACUCACAGGAGAAAAAAAUAUAUUUCUACAAGUCCACUUUCUAAACAAAUAAUUGAACCAAUAAAACAUUUCAGAGUUCAUGAUAACAAAAUAAAACCUUUUAUGUCAACUGUGAGCUAUGAAGGCAAAACAAUGAAAACACAAAAUAAUUUAUCACGUAUUGAAUCUGAUCGAAAACAUAGUACUGAAGAAAUACAUACAAAAUAUAAAAAUAUGUGGGAAAAACUAAUAGAAACACAACAACAAAUACCAAGAACAAGUGAUUUAUCAUUACGAAAAGCUGACGAAUCUUCUCACCAACUAAAAAGCAAUCUAUCUCAAGCACGAACCAACGAUUUACACAAAAAACAGAAUGUAUCAUAA